CGGGUUCCCUGGCGCGGGAUCUCUGGGAAGCCCUGGCGCAAGAUGCCAGACUGUCGAGCCGUGAGCGUCUCUAAACUUUUGAGACUUAGCCCAUGGUGGAGGUUUUCAGAAUGAAAACUGGGGGAAACUCCAGGAUUGGGGCCUUGGCCACAGACUCCUCGAGGCUCUGAAUGCCCCGCGUAGUCAGCUCAGGCCGCGUCCCUCCAGCCCUGCGCUUUACCUCCACUUAGGCUUCUGCCCUCCAAGGCUGGUCCUCCAAGUGAAGGAGGGCGGGGAGGGGUUCACCUGCCAGAAAGCCUGGGGCGCCAGGAUCUCUCCCAGGGCGCCAGGAUCUCUCCCAGGACUCCAGGUUACGUCCCAGGGUCCAGGCCCCGCCCUCCAGCUUAUCCCUUGCCGGGGCUCCCCCCGUGGGAAAGGGGACCAGCUGGCCGGAAGCGCCAAACUGCGUCCCUGUCCGAGCCCCGGGGAUCAAUCAGGCCGAGGAGUUAAUUAUGUAAUGAGGGGGCAGGGGGUCGGAGCUAAUGAAGCCACCGUGGUGGGGGGGGGGUAAGGAGGAGGGGAAGAUACCCAGGUAUCCGGCCCUCUCUUGGACCCCAUCCAGGCCCCAGGGGUCUCCACCCCAGCCCAACUCCAGGGCCCCAAAGAGGGGAGGGGCUGUGAUCCUAGGUCUGGAAGGGGCUGAGCUGUGAGCUAUAAAGGGGGCAUCUCUCAGCACUGGGGGACUCUAGGCAGCGGGACCUCAGGCCACAGGGAACUACAACAUGUACCAUCCACGAGAGUUGUACCCUUCCCUGGGGGCUGGCUACUGCCUGGGGCACUCCCAGCCCGGGGCAGACUCUAGCUUCCCGCCUGCCCUGGCGGAAGGCUACCGCUACCCCGAUUUGGACACUCCCAAACUGGAUUGCUUCCUCUCCGGAAUUGAGGCUGCUCCCCGCGCUCUGGCUGCCCCCCCACCUCUACCCCUUGUGCCCCCAGUCGUGGGCACUGAACUGGCACCGUCUACUCCAGAGGCCCUCCAUUCACUCCCUGGGGUCAACCUGAGUCUGGAGAACCGAGAGCUGUGGAAGGAGUUCAGCUCUGUAGGAACAGAGAUGAUCAUCACCAAAGCUGGGAGGCGCAUGUUCCCUGCUUGCCGAGUGUCAGUCACUGGCCUGGACCCUGAGGCCCGCUACCUAUUUCUCCUGGAUGUAGUUCCAGUGGAUGGGGCUCGCUACCGCUGGCAGGGCCGGCGCUGGGAGCCCAGUGGUAAGGCAGAGCCCCGCCUGCCUGACCGAGUCUACAUUCACCCUGACUCUCCUGCUACUGGUAGUCACUGGAUGCGGCAGCCUGUGUCCUUCCAUCGUGUCAAGCUCACCAACAGUACACUGGACCCCCAUGGCCAUCUGAUCUUGCACUCCAUGCACAAGUACCAGCCCCGCAUACACCUGGUGCGGGCAGCCCAGCUUUGCAGCCAACACUGGGGGGGCGUGGCUUCCUUCCGCUUCCCAGAAACCACAUUCAUCUCUGUGACAGCCUACCAGAACCCACGGAUCACACAACUGAAGAUUGCAGCCAAUCCCUUUGCCAAAGGCUUCCGGGAGAACGGCAGAAACUGUAAGAGGGAGCGAGAUGCCCGUGUGAAGAGGAAACUGCGGGGCCCAGAGCCAGUAACCACAGAGGCCUAUGGAAGUGGAGAUGCACCAGGUGGUCCCUGUGACUCCACCUUGGGUGGGGACAUUCAUGAGACAGACCCAGAUCAGGCCCCAGCCUCUGGGGAAGCUGCCCCUGCCCCAGUUCCCCCCUGUGGUGGCCCCAGCCCUGAAGCCUACCUCCUGCACCCUGCGGCUUUCCAUGGGGCGCCCAGUCACCUUCCAACCAGGAACCCCAGUUUCCCAGAGGCUCCAGAUUCUGGGCGCCCAGCCCCCUACUCAGCUGCAUUCCUGGAGCUACAGCCAGGACCAGGGGGCUCAGGGUACCCAGCAGCUCCCCCUCCAGCAUCCUUUGCCCAGCACUUCCUCCAAGGGAGCCCCUUCCCCCUACCUUACCCUGGGCCUGCGGGUUACCUAGAUGUGGGUUCCAAGCAGAUGUACUGAGCCACUGCUCAGCCUCCCUCCACCUCCCAUCACAAAUCUCCAGUUCCCUUCCCCCCAUCCUGUAGCCCCCUCACGUCCACUGGCUCCAUCCCCCACACCAAAUGGCAGCCUUGGGCCUGCCCCCCCCCCACUUCACACCUUGAUUUCACUCCCACCCCCCUCUGGCUUCAAAGCUUAGGCUGGGCUGCUGAAAGUCCAGCUGGGGCCAGCUUCCCCUUCUCUGCUCUCACCUUGGUGUGAAUGGAGGGGCUCUGCCUGGCCAAAUGGGGCCACAGACCAGCAUCCCUACCUCCAGGCCCUGUUCCUUGGCUCAGGCAGGUUCUAUCCCCUCACCAAUGGUGCCAGCCACACCAGUCUGUUGUUCUCAGAACCAGAGUAUUUUGUGAAUAAAACUCAAUAGUGCUCAGGAAA